CACCACUAAAACCCCCCUUGCCCACAAUUACCCCGCGCGCACCACAACGCCGCGGGCCGUAAUACCCCAGACACCGCGCGAAGACCCGCUGCUCGACGAUGACUUGCCCGCCACGCACUGCUGCGUGUUGAGACGCAGGAAAGGUGCAAUUGCCGAGAAAGGUAACCCGGGGUGGUACGGCAUGUAGCUCGGGGCGUGGAUGCACCGAGGGUUAUAUAAACGUCGUGUAUCGCUUUUUUGUGUGCUGCAGCCGUCUGGUCCUUGAGAAUAUCUAGGUAGAAGCCAUCUAGAUAGUAUGAUGGCGUCCACGGGCAUCGAAGAGAAGCGCGCCGCGUCGCCAACCGACGGCCAUAUUGAGAACCUCGAUGCGAAGAUAUCAACAUCGUCUGGCGAACUCGAGGCCCAGCCCCCGGCGCUCGACGAGGCACAUGCGAACCGCGUGCUGCGCAAGGUCGAUUUCCGCCUCGUCCCCAUGCUGUCGCUGCUGUACCUCGUCGCCUUCAUCGACCGCUCCAACAUCGGCAACGCGAAAAUCGCCGGCAUGGACACGGACCUGCGCCUGCACGGCCUGCAGUACAACACCGCCGUCACACUUUUCUUCGUGCCCUACACGCUGCUCGAAAUCCCAUCCAACAUCGUGCUCAAGCUGAUGCGGCCGUCGCACUGGAUGGCGCUGCUGAUGCUCGCCUGGGGCCUCGUGAUGACGCUGAUGGGGCUGGUGGACUCGUACGCGGGGCUGCUGGCCGGCCGCUUCUUCCUAGGCGUCACGGAGUCUGGGUUUUUCCCCGCCGCGACGUUUUUGCUCACGCUGUGGUACCGCCGGUUCGAGCUGCAGCGCCGCAUGGCCGUGUUCUACAUUGCGGCGUCGCUGGCAGGGGCGUUUUCGGGGCUGCUGGCGUUUGGGAUUGAGAAGCUGGAUGGUCGUGCGGGGAGGAGCGGGUGGCAGUGGAUUUUCCUCAUCGAGGGGCUGAUUCCCGUGGCGCUGGCGCUGGUGAUCUGGAAGAUCCUGCCUGAUAGCCCGGAGACGGCGGGGUUUCUGACGCAGGAGGAGAGGGAGCUGUUGGUAAGGCGGCUGCAGGACGAUGCCGGGAGUGGGCAGGGGAAGGCGACCAACAACGAUAAAAUGGGGAAGCAGUACAUCAUCGCCGGGCUCGCGGACUGGAAGAUCUGGGCCGCCGUGGUCAUCUUCUGGGGCAACACCGUGGGCGUGUACGGCUUCACCGCCACCGUCCCCACCGUCAUCAACGGCCUCGGCUACUCCAGCGCCAACGCCCAGCUCCUCACCAUCCCCAUCUACGUCUUCGCCGCCAUCGUCACGCUGAUCUGGGCCUGGGGCUCGGACCUGACGCAAGCGCGCUCACCCUGGAUCAUCGGCGGCUACAGCAUCGCCAUCGUCGGCUUCAUCGCACAGCUCGCGAUCCCGCACCCGCGGUACCCAGGGCUGACGUACGGGUUCCUGUUCCCCGUGGCCGCGGGCCUGUACUGCCCGUUCACGUGCCUGGUGUCGUGGGCCGCGAACUCGCUGGCGCCCAGCUCGAAGCGGGCCGUUGGCAUGGCGCUGCUGAUUUCCGUCGGCAACAUGGGCGGCAUCAUGGGCAGUAAUAUUUAUCUUGCGCGCGAGAAGCCAAAGUAUACGACGGGGUUUGCGGCGAGUCUGGCUAUGUGCGUGGCCGCGGUGGCGAUGACGUUUGUGCUGCGGUGGGCGUAUGGCAGGGAGAAUAGGAAGCGGGAUCAGCUGAUUCUGGAGUGUGGGGAGGAGGCGGUGCGGGCGCGGUAUACGGAUCAGGAGCUGUUGGAGCUGGGUGACAAGAGUCCGUUUUUCAGGUACACGCUCUAGAACAUGUCUCAGCAGUGCAGCUCAGAAAGCAAUGUCAUAAUCUACCGCAAUCUAAAAACCCACACACCCACACGCCUCUUCCCUUCUAACAACCUGGCCGACGGCUCGUGAUUCAGCGCACCACGCAACUCAUAGCCCACCCUGUCGCCCCACGCACUCGCCGCACCCAACCCAGCACGCACCAGCCACGGCAGCGCGAAAACCAGCAAACAUCACACAUCACCGCCGACCCGGCACUGCCAUGGUAAAAACCGAUAUCAUAUAAACUUCUCAAAACA